AUGAAUUUGUUGUCUUAUAUCAACAUUGUCGCAAUUUCCAUAUUGUUGACUACGGCGACAGCAAUUGACCAACUUGGUCUAGCAUCCAAUGCUCCCACCAUUGCCCACUUCAAGAAUUCAGGGGCUGUAUGUCAAUUGGUAACGCUGAAACCAUCUAGACCUGGCACGAUAUCUUUGCUGAUUGGUUCAGUCACCUCAGACAAAUCUAAAGAUGAAAUCUAUAAGGUUCCUGUCUUAAUCUUCAAAUUUAGUGAUUUAAGAAAUUUCACUAAUCUCGGACCUGCUGAAGCGUACAAUGAGCUCUACAGUCAAGGCAAAGAUGGCAAAAUUGAAGUUUACAACAAUUUGGUCAACUUCAAGGACCUGAGGUUCGAUUUAAAUUUAUAUAAGGACUACGAGUCGAUUGAUGAAGCAGAAAUCUACAACGGCUAUGUGACUACAGACAAAACUGAUAAAGACCACUAUCUGAUUUUUUUCACCCCACAGAGAUCUGGUUUCUACUGUGUCUAUGUAGCACCACAGGUUGAUUUGGAAAUCUCUGAUUUGGAUAUUCCAAUCGUCUUCAAGAGCUCUACGGGCUACUUGAACCCUAUUCAGUAUCUUGUUUACUCUCUGGAAAAGAUACUGGCGGUGUUGGGUAUUUUCCUUUUUGGCUAUCUUUUGAACUAUAUAUUGAAAUUCAAAAUUGGCCAAGAUUUCAAGAACAUGAAUUCGAUCUCGUUGAUUUCAAGAGGGAUUAUUUUCUACCUAUUGUUGCCUUAUAUAUUCUUAGUCAUCUGUUCAGUGUUUGUGUACUUUCUUCAGAACAACUGGUAUACCUCAGCGCUGGCAGUUCUGGUCCAUUUGUCGAGCAUUUUAUUUGCUUUAUCUUUCCUCUUUGAAGUCGUCUUCAGGUACUUUAUCUUAUUGUUUUCUAUGGGUUACGGUGUUAUCUAUUACCACAAGGGCAACUCGAGAAAUUACAGAGUGAUUCCAGCCCGUCUGUUGAAUAGAGCCAAGUGGUUGUUAAUCAUCAAUUCUGUGGCUGGGUUGAUUUUUGCUAUAUUGUCGGACUCGUGGGGUGAUGUGAAUUCCAGCCCCUUGAAACAGUACAGUGGUCUGUCAGUGUCGAAUUUGCCUACAAACAGUAGUUUUAUCAGGUACUUGACCUUGGUUGUAAGUACUAUUGUUGGCUUUGCACCAUUGGUAUGGUUUUCUUUGUCAAUAUAUUACUACUUUCAGACGAAGAAGGUGAUCGCAAAAUUUACUCCUGUUGAAGAACAAGGAGGAUUUAGCAACGAUCAGAUUACCAGUGCAUUCAGAAAGUCCAUCUUGGUUAUCUUUGUUUUGCCUGUAUUUGUUUUCUUGCUUGUGGGUCUGCUCUAUGUCUGGAGAGUCGUGAAGAUGGUCAAGGGUCACCCUAUUGGCGAUUUCCCAGAAGAAAGAGUGCCUGCAGAGGUGCUUGCCUAUACAAUUCUCCUUACCGAGCAGCUAUUGUUAGACAAGAGGUCGUGGUUGGGACUUAUCUGGACCGGUAUUCUUUAUCUCUAUUUCCAGAUUGUUCUCGUCUACUUCAUCUGGAUCAAAGGCAAUAACGGUAUUAUUGUAGAUUCUGAGGGACAGGAUCCUAUUGCGUAUGCUGAUGUUUCGCAGUACGAAAUAAGCGAGGAUGAAAACGAAGAAGAAACUCCAUUGAGUAAUGGAGUCACACCAAGCAGUUAG